UCUGCUCUCCAUGAGGAAUAUAUAAAUCGCGGGUAGGGCUUAAAUUCAGGUUAGUUCAGAUAGUUUGCGAGCCUAUCGCGAAGCUGUGAUCACGCUAUGCAGCUCCACGUCGCGUUGCUCGCUUUCGCUGUGAUCCUGGUCAUAUCGAUAGAGGCGAAACCAAUCUGGUCAGACUUGUACGUCAGCAGCUACCAGUACCCUCCCGGAGCCAUCAACGUGCACCCACAGCUGCUUCAGUACCAGAGCUCCCCGUACUACCUUUACAAUGUACACACGGAUGCAAGCGCGGCCCCCGCUGCCGCCAUCGCCCAAGGAAAACUUUCGGUCUCCCACUUGCCAGCCUACAGCGUUUAUUAUGGGACCCCGGUUUACGAUUUCCGGUUUCCAUUGAAUCCGGUGUUUCCGAUAUUGAAACCCGCCCAACCGGGAGGCGAGCUUAAACCCACUGCACCAUCGACGACCACUAUGAAGCCAGCUGACAAGGACGGCGAGGAUGGCAUCGAGAAGUUGGACUCGAAGGUUGAACCAGGAAAGGAAACGAAGAAACCGAAUGAGGAAAAGAAAGAGGAAAACAUGGACGACGAGAGCAUUACCAUUGACUCGAUAUAAACCGUGUACAUAUCAUGUUCCACGCAAAUCGAUGCUAAUUAAAUAAAACA